UUUAGUUUGGUUAGGUUAGUUUGGUUCACUGUUGUGUGCUGACGACCACCACUCUUGCAGGUGCUGAGGCCAAGGUCAGCAGCACCGCCGGGACUCCUCGCCGCUUCCCUCAGCACUGCAGCUCACCUUGCCUUGGGGCCUCCUGCAGGAGUGGCCCAUGCUGGCCCCCCCUCCCACCUCCAGGGUUGUCUGCCAGGAGUGGUGCCACAAUGGAGGAUGUGGGGCCAGGCAGCGACACAGACAGCCCGGACCAGCGGCAGGUCACUGCUGAGGGUGGCAACACUGAACACCCCAAUACACACACUGCUGUUGGGAAAGUUGAGUGUGAACUGUGUGGGAAAAAGUUUAAUGGAAAAAGUGCCGUCAAAAUACACAUGGUCGUCCACACUGGUGUUAAAAACUUUGAGUGUGAACAGUGUGAAAAAAGGUUCACUCAAAAAUCAAGCCUCACAUUACACAUCCUUACCCACGCUGGCACCAAAAACUUUGAGUGUGAACUGUGUGAGAAAAAGUUUACUCGCAAAAAUGGUCUCAAUAAACACAUGGCCAUCCACACUGGUGUUAGAAACUUUGAGUGUGAACACUGUGGGAAAAAGUUUAUUACUAAAAGUAAACUCAAAACACACAUGGUUGUCCACACAGGUGUUAGAGACUUUGAGUGUGAACACUGUGGAAAAAAGUUUACCACUAAAAGCUCCUUUACUAGACACAUUGUUCUCCACACCAGUAUUAGAAACUUUGAGUGUGAUCAGUGUGGGAAAACGUUUCUUCGUAAAGGCGACCUCAACCAACACAUGCUCCUCCACUCUGGCACUAAAAGCUUUGAGUGCGAUUACUGUGGGAAGAGGUUCACCCAGCCAAGGGGUCUGAGAACACACAUGCACAUCCACACUGACCCAAAAAAACUUGAGUGUGAACAUUGUGGGAAAAAGUUUACUCAGAAAUGUGGCCUCAAGAAACACUUACUUACCCACACAGAUGCUAAAGACCUUGAGUGUGAACAUUGUGGGGAAAGGCUUUCUACUCUUACUAAAAACUUUGUGUGUGACUAUUGUGGAAAAACAUUUGCCUGUAAAGAUGGCCUCAAGGCACACAUGGUUACUCACAUUAGUACUAAAAACUUUAAGUGUGAAGAUUGUGGGGAAAGAUUUCUUCGUCAAGGUGACCUCAACACCCACAUGCUCAUCCACACUGGAGAUAAAGUUUAUGGGCCGCAUUACUAAACAUUUCGUCGCCAAAGUUCACAUAUUUGACUAGGCUAUCGUAGGAGUUUUAGGCAUUUCUAGAAGUAGUUUUAUGACCCUUCCUCUGUACCAUGAACCUAAAGAAACACACAUUUGACAAGGCUUUCAUCGGAGUUUUAGGCAUUUCUUGAAGUAGUUUUAUGACCCUGGUGGUAGUGUGACCCUUCCUCUGUAC